AUGACCUCUUCAGACGGCCUGGAGGUGACUGUGAUCCCGGAGAACCCGCUCGGACCCCGGGUAGCAGAGAUCCAGGAUGCUGCGCUGGCUCCCGGGGCUUCUCUGCUGGCGUGUGUGGGUCUCCACGGGGGUCUGGAGGUGUGGGACCCCGGGGACAGAGAGGCCAGGCCGGUGCGAGUCCAGGGCCGCUUCAAAGAAUUUCAGUGGGACCAGGGCACUGACCGGACCUUGAGGGACCAGGAGUCUUCUGGUCCCACCCCUGGUCCCAGGCGUGUCUUCAAGCUUGUGGCUGUGGGAUCAGAGCUGGAGCUGAAGCUGGUGGAGGUCUCUGUGGGACCUGGCUCCAUCUCACUGCUGCCAGUCUGUGAAGCUACUGCUGAAGAUCUACUGCAGAAGAUCAGAGAGAAGGACCAGAGUGUCUCUGAGCUGCAGUCCCUCCAUGUCUUGUCCUGGAGCUCCGCCUGUGGCUGUGUUUUGGUGAACUCUGAGUGGAUCCUGCGGCUUCAGUUGCAGCAGACGGAGCAGCAGCUGAACGUUGAGUCCUGUUUUAGAAUUCAGCCUGAAGACAGAAGAUCAGAGACUGUGGUCCAUCACUGUGUGUGUUCAGAGACACUCUUCUGUGUCACAGCCAGUGGCUUCAUCUCGGUCCUCUCUCUGUCCGAUGGAUCGGUCUUGGCCUCGGUGGAUCUGCCUCGGUACCUGGACUCUGGUCUUCAGGAGGAGGACUGGUCUCCUCCGUCCUCUCUCUCUCCUCCUGCCUCCUUCCUCCUCCUCCAAGUGUCCUCCGACCUGAACACUGCUGUGGCCUUCACAGACGCUCACACGGCCACCGCCAUCGACCUCAACCACUACUUCAGGUCAGUGUCUUCACUAAUCCACUCCUCUCAGCGGCUCCCACCUCCAGCAGCCUGUGAGCCACUGCAGGUGGGAGCCGCUGGAGGUGGGAGCCGCUGGAGGAGGGAGCCGCUGGAGGAGGGAGCCGCUGGAGGUGGGAGCCGCUGGAGGAGGGAGCCGCUGGAGGAGGGAGCCGCUGGAGGUGGGAGCCGCUGGAGGUGGGAGCCGCUGGAGGUGGGAGCCGCUGGAGGAGGGAGCCACUGGAGGAGGGAGCCGCUGGAGGAGGGAGCCGCUGGAGGUGGGAGCCGCUGGAGGUGGGAGCCGGUGGAGGUGGGAGCCGCUGGAGGAGGGAGCCGCUGGAGGAGGGAGCCGCUGGAGGUGGGAGCCGCUGGAGGUGGGAGCCGCUGGAGGAGGGAGCCGCUGGAGGAGGGAGCCGCUGGAGGAGGGAGCCGCUGGAGGAGGGAGCCGCUGGAGGAGGGAGCCGCUGGAGGUGGGAGCCGCUGGAGGUGGGAGCCGCUGGAGGAGGGAGCCGCUGGAGGAGGGAGCCGCUGGAGGAGGGAGCCGCUGGAGGAGGGAGCCGCUGUCAUUACAAAGCAGCAGAAGUUGCUCCGGGGACAGUUGCGGUGUGUGGCGAGCCCCAGGAGACCCCCACUCCAGCCUCAGCUCAGGGACCCGGACUCGGUGGCCAGCUCCUCUUUCUGCCUCUCUGCUCUGGGACUGGACCUCAACAGUGACCGUUCUUGGGAGUCUCGCCUGGUGUCCAUGUACAGUGAAGCUCGGGACGGAUCCCCUGCUCGUUCCUCCCCUGCCGCCUCCUGCUGGUGGUCCGCCCUCCCUCAUCUGAGCUCCCAUCAUGCACCUGUGCCAGCCUUCACCCCUCUCCCCCAUGGAGGCCUCACCCACUCUUUCUCUCUCCCUGAGGCCUGCUCUCCACGGAUCCUCACGGUCUCAGAGUUCUCAGCUGUUGUCACUGCCGUUGCCCCUGGAAACGCUCGAACCACUAUUGCAUUGUGGGAGUUUGAGUCCAGGAAGGUGAGCUGCCACACGGCGGAGGGAGAAGCGGCUCCAGUCCAACUCUGUGGAGAGAGACAAGACAUGCUGCUGCUGAAAGAGUCCGGUCUGGUUCAGGUCCUGUUCUCAGUCUCUCAGGAGGACCUCCUCAGCAGACUCAUGUUGUUUGGGAGUGCGGCCACAGUGGAUGCAGUCUGCAACCUGAACAGCUGGGGGCGCUGUUCCAUCCCCAUCCACUCCCUGCAGGCAGGACUGAAGAACCGUCAGCUAGACACCGUGGACUUCUACCUGAAGAGUAAAGAGAACCUUCUGAAGAGUAAAGAGGACCUUCUGAGUCCCUCUGAGGAUACAGGGACCACCGGGACCACGGGGAUCACGGGGACCAACCUCACUGAGAGGGUGCAGUUGUUGUGUCCUGCCUUAGACCUGUUGUGUUGCGCUGUGACUGACUCCAACAGUGAAGCUCAGAGUCGACAGUUCUCUGAGCAGCUGCUGCACAUCACCCUCAGCUUCCUCCACACGCAGAUCCAAGACCUGCUGUCUGAGAGACCAGGGGAGGGACCAGGUGAGGGACCAGGUGACAGCGCAGACGUUCAGAGCUGUGUGGAAGUGUUGGACCAGUACCUGACUCAGCUCCGAGGGUUCAUGAAGAGGUUCCCCUGGUCCAACACCAGAGACCAGAGCAACCGAGACCAGACCAGCAAAGACGACUGGGACCAUCUGUCUACAGAGGAGGUGGUCCGGGCCUCUGUCCUGAUCAAUCAGAUUCCGCGAGCACAAGCGGUGCUGAGGCGUCGUGGCCAAUCAGAGCACAGACUGGAGGUUCUGAAGGGGGUGGGGCUUCAGCAGGUCUACUCCAGUCUCCAGGACCGGGAUCUGCCCACAGCCAUGGCUCUGCUCACUAACAUGGGUUUCAGCGUGAAGGAGGAGUUCCACAGAAUCUGCCAGUUCACUGACGACAAAGACCUGCGAGAGUUUGUGGUGGAAGAACUGAUGAGGAGAAACUAUUUUACAGCAGACGAAGCCAAAUCUCUCUCGUUCAUCAGAGAAAUGGAACGACUGUGCUCGCUCCCUGUGGCUCAGAGCUCGUCCAAGUCUCCAGCUCCCAGACUUUUACACAUGGUCCACGCUGCAGACACUGGAGAAGUUCUGAAAGAUCUCAUGGCUCAGCCGGGGUUUGGAGAUUCCAAUCUCUGGGUGAACGUGCGUCUGGACUGGGUUAAAAACUGGGAGCAGGGCAGCCAGACCCGCAUCCUCCUGUCCCGCCUCAAGCAUACAGAGCUGCCCUCCUGUGACUCCUCGGUGCUGUGGAGGUACCUGACCUCCCUCCACCAGGAGCAGCUUGUGGAGCAGUGGGUGCAGAGCUGGGGCGCCUCCCAGUGGCCAGAGCUGAGACCUGAAGAGCUGCACCAGAGCACCUCCUGCAGCAGCUACAUGAGAGAGCACAUCCUGGAUCAGCUGGCCAGGAGAGGUGUGUUUAUCCCAGAGGAGUUAUGCGACCUGGAGCGUCUCUUGUGGCGUGUGGCCCAGAGUGAGGGGGUGAUGUCACAGUCCAGUCUGCUGCAGGUCUACAGAGCCUCUCAGGGUCUGGACUUCCACACGGUCUUCAUCAGGUUCUGUCUGGACCGAGGACUCAAAUACCUGCUCUACUCCUACCUCCAACACCACAGUCUGACUCCCAGAAACUGCCCUGCUCUGUGCAACCAGGACCUGUUUGUGAGCCACCCCUGGUUUGAGAUGCUGGUCCGAAUCCAGGAGAUCACCACUGACCUCUCAGAUCCAGGACUGGUGUUCCAGGCCAGUCUCACCAGUGCCCAGGUCCUCCUCCCUGGGAGCCAGGCUGCCCUCUCCUCUCUGCUCCUGGAGGGACACACCCAGCUGGCUCUGGCCUCCAUCAUGUUUGCUCCUGGAGGAAUUGACCAGGUCCUCUCACAGGGCUCAGGCUCAGAGACUGCAGUGGACCCUCAGCUCCUGAAGAUGGCACUGUCUCCGUAUCCAAAACUGAAAGCUGCUCUUUUCCCGCCUGCAGCCAGAGGGAGCUCUCCUCAGGAUGUCUCAGUUUACCUCCUCAUGCAGUCUCUUCAUCCUUUGGAUCCGUCUAAACUCUUCAGUUGGCAGACGACCAACUCUCUGAACUGCACUGAGACCUCGGAGCUGCCGCACUUCUCCAGUCCUGCUCUGGUCUCUAAGUUCGCUCUGGUGGAGAACCUGGACUUCCUGUACUUCCUACGUCACGGCCGACCGUCCGUCGCUUACGCCACGUUCCUCGUUCAACAUCUGAACAGCUGCAGCGACGUCCAGCUUCUUCUGCAGAAGGCCUGGAUGCAGGUGUACAGAUUGGCAGUUAGCCUCUUCACCUCCCCCUCAGUGGGAGCAGCUGUGGUGUGUUUCUGUGAGCUGCUGGGACUCUGCAGCCUCCAGGUCCGAGUCGACCUCCGAGUCCUGAACUCUGUCCUGCAGCACCUCAGCCGAGAGGACACCAGGACCAGCGGGACAACCAGCAAGGAGCAUCUGCAGACCCUGGUGUCGACAGGUCUGAGGCUGGUGGAGGCGGAGCCUGGAGCAGCGGAGGAGCUGAUUGGUCUCCUGGAGGCUGCAGUGUGUGACAGUCUGGAGCAGAGAGGAGUUGGGAGAUGCUCGUACGAGGCGGCGCUGGAGUGGUCCUUGGCGGUCCAGUUCUGUCAGAGCCACGGUCUCAGCCUCAGCUCAGUGUUCCUCUCUCACUGCGCUCAGGACGGACACUUCAUCCACUUCCUGCUGUUCAUCCAGAUGCACAGCUUCCCUCCACAACAGGUGCGCUCGCUGGUCUCUGAGUUCAGUCCCACUCUUGCCUCUCACCUGAGGCUGGCCUUUCAGGAUCUGCAGCUGCUCAGUCCUGGAGCCAGAGCGGGCGAGGAACAGGCGCAAGAGCCGACCCCCGAGGACCAGGGGACUCUGAGUUCGGAGCGCCCAAAGGAGUUGUUCCAGGUUUUGCUGCAGAGUCAGAAUGAGGCCUGCACUUGUCGGUUUCUCCUGCAGGAGGCGCUGGUGCAGCACUGCCCCACUCUUGCUAUCCUGGCUGCCUGCGAUCAGGCUGCAGAGCGUCUGUCCUGUCUGUGUGUGUGGAUUCUUUCUUCUGUGGAUCAGUCCACUGUGAGUGAAGCCACCUCUCACCUCGACGUGGCCCCCCAGCAUCACCACUGGACACUGCACGACCUGUCAAUCAUAUGGAGGACCCUUCUGGGGCGGGGUCAGGUCUCUCCUCUGCUGCGGGGGUUCCAGCUGUUCCAGAGAGACUGCCCCCUGGUGCUGGUGCUGAGGAUGUUCCAGUUGUGUUGUGACUACAGAGACUUCUCUGAGGCCAAAGCCAAACUGCUGGACUUCCAGAAGACGCUCAUCACUCUGAGAGGCAGUGUCCCAGCGCCCCCUGGUGGCCUCCCUCUGCAGUGGGUGGAGAGUCAGGCCUCAGUUCUUCUGCUGACGAUACUUCAGCGAUGCUCCUCACAGUUCGACCUCCACAGACUCCUGCAGCUGCUCGCCGACGUCAACAAGCUCCUCAAGUCCAGCGGUCCAGACUUCCGCAAGCUGAGCCAGCUGAGUGGGCUCCUCCAGGGCUCUGACGUGUCUCUGUCUCCACGGCUGCUGCAGUGCACUUCCCCCUCUGACCAGCAGGAGGAGCUGCAGAUCAUCGUGGACCAGCUGCAGUCCAGGGGGCGCUAUUCCCAGGCCAGAGAGGUGUCCCAGCUCGCAGGACUGCCACUGCACAGACUGCUGCUCAGACAGCUGGAGCAGGAGCUGAACUCUCUGAGGGAGAAGCCUCAAUGGAAACGGUUGAAAACUCGACUGAACUUCUGGAAGAAAAGUCACGUCCAGCUCCAAACCGACAGCAUCGACCCCGAAUCUGCAGCUCUCUUCUUCCUCUCCCAGUCCCAACCUCUGAGCCCUGACCCCACUGAGCUCUCCUCCCAGUCCCAAACUCUGACCCCUGCCCUCUCGGCGCUCUCCCAGGACCAUCGCCUCCUGCUGGACACCCAGGAGAAGUGCUUGCUGGUCUCCCUGGCCUCUCACUGGCUCUCUCGCCUCAGUCCUGCUCCCGUCUCUCGUCUGGAGGAGCUGGAGAAGCAGCUGUGGUUGAGCAGAGUGAAACAUUAUCUGCUGAUCGCUGACAUGGAGAGGGAGAGUGUGUUCAGUGUCCCGCAGACGGUCUCAUCUGAGCAGAACUCUUACGAAGCUCUGAUGAAAGAGUUCUCCUUCUCAAACAUCUCCAGUCUGAACACAGCGGCGUGUCUGAGUCUGGACGGCUUCCCCAACACAGACUCGUCACCCCUGGGCCUGACCCCUGCAGAGGGGGAGGUCCUGUCCUCUCUGCUGGGGCAGAUCCUGGAUCAGGGCAGUAUCCAUGAGGCCAGCAGAGUCUGCAGAUACUUCAGUCUGUUCCACAAAGACGUGUGGCUGGUGCUCCGCUGCAGAGCUCUGGCCUCAGGAGAGGUCAGUCCUGACCAGAGGGACCAGGAGCUGAGGAACCAGGAGCAGGACCAGCAGCAGACAGACCAGGAGAAGGACCAGGAGCCAAAGACCGGGGAGACUAGCUCUGAGCAGAGGACUGGGAUGACCAGCUCUGCUUCCUUCAGUAGUCUCUCGUCCUUCGUGGUUUGUCCUCUUCCUGAAGACGAAGUUUCAACUGAACUUCAGAAACUCGUUAAUCAGAGUCGCCAUGGCAACAGCUACUGUAAACAGGUGCUGAGCCUGUACCAUCUGUCAAAGGAGCUGCAGGUGUCGUUUGCUCAGGUCUGCAGUGAGGACCCUGUGAGUGUCCUGCAGCAGCUGCUGAUCCUGGAUCAGCCUGAACGCUUCAGACGAGCUCACACCUUCAUCAGAGCUCAGGGCCUGACACCAGAGGCUGUGGCCCAGCUGGUGUCCUCAGCUCUACUCAGCUCUAUGCUCAGCUCCACACAGGAGCUGGGACCAGAGCGGCAGGUCUUCCGGCCGACAGAGGGGCGGGACUCUCUGCUGCAGCUUCUCAAACUUUGUGAAGACCCGAACCUGGUGGGAACCAAGCUGCUGGAGAGCAUCACCUCAGUCCCACUGUCCGACCUCAACUGCAUGGUGGAGCUGCUGGUUGUGGCUCAUGACUGCUUCAGCUUCACCUGUAACAUGGAGGGCAUCGUGCGAGUGCUGCAGGCGGCGAGACACCUGAGCCACGCCCACCUCGCCCCCGCCGAGAAGUACGGUCUCCUGGUGCGUCUGCUGACAGGAGUUGGUCGCUACAAUGAGAUGACCUACAUCUUUGACCUUCUGCAUCAGAAUCACCGCUUUGAGAUGUUACUGAGGAAGAAGAUGGACAUAGACAGAGGACAGAGUUCAAGUCUGAAGACCGCUCUGCUGGACUACCUGAAGCGCUGUCUCCCUGGGGACAGUGAGAAACACAACAUGGUGGCUCUGUGCUUCAGCAUGAGGCGCGAGAUCGGAGAGAACCACGAGACUGCAGCGAGAACCCUCCUCAAGAUGAUCGAGAGCCAGGACUGGGUUGUUUCUCCAGAUUUGAAGAGUUCUUUGGAGAAGGUUCUGGGGUUACUGAAGGACGCUGCAGAGAGCUACACUAAGGACUCGUGUGUGCGGCAGGCGUCUCGUUGUGUGAAGAUGGCGAAGCUGGUGUCUCUGCAGCUGCACUUCCUGAAACAAGGACAGAAUCUGAGGAUCAUAAACCUGAGACCAGCCGAGGUCACACCAGCAGCAGUCUCUCUACCACACUGCUACCAGGUGUGUGUCCUGGCAGAGGCCUACAGCUGCAGUCCAGACUGGGCCGAGGUCCUGUUCCACAGAGUGGUCCUCAAAGGAGACUUCAGUUUCCUGGACGAGUUCAAACGUCACCGCACUCUGUCCACUGCUCUGCUCGAGGAGAUCAUCAGGAAGCUGGACUCUGCUCCUCCUCACCCCUCGGCUCAUGUGAAGAAGCUCCUGUCUCACUGUGAGGACGUGUACAGCAGAUACAGACUGGCUUAUGAGCUGAAGAUGUUCGAUGUGACCCAGAGUCUGCUCCAGGACAAGACCACAGCCUGCUACCUCCACGACAGACUGGCCAGAUGA